AUGUACGGGAAAGACCAAUAUGACUGGAACUUCAUCUCUCCGCCACAACCCAAACUCAACAACCGAACCAUACCCCAAGCGAGGGGUCGUAUGCUUGGGGGAAGUUCUUUGCUGAACUUCCUUAUGGUUGUCUACCCCAGCAAGGCCAGCAUCGACGCCUGGGGCGCUCUGGGGAACGGGGGCUGGAACUACGACGCGCUGGCCCCCUACUAUCGCAAAUUCGCGAAAACCCACCCGCCAUCCCAGAAUGCCCGGGAGUUCUGCCGUCUGGACGGACUUUGUAUUCAGGGGAUCUCUGCGGCGGAGACUGGGCCCCUUGCGGUGACCUUUGGCGAAGGGUUUGGACCCAACAACGCGGCAUGGUUCGACGCGUUCGAAGAACUCGGUCUGAAUAUGGCCACUGAUCCGCGGACUGGAAUGGCAGGCACGAGGACAUCGGCAGUCUCGGCCUAUUUGACGCCGAAGAGGAUCAUUCUCGAACCUGUGGUCAGUGGCGAUAAUGUCGAGUUCGUCGCGAAAGGCGUGGAAAUCAGGUCCGAAGAUGGCAGUAACCGUCGGGUUGGCGCUCGAAAUGAGGUUAUCCUCGCUGCCGGGGCGCUCCACACCCCCCAAAUCCUCGAACUCUCUGGGAUCGGGAGCCGCGAGCUUCUUGAGAAGCAUGGAGUGCCCGUGUUGAUUGACAACCCAAAUGUCGGCGAACAUAUGCAGGACCACCCUGUUGUGGCUGAGAACUUCGAGGUUGCAGAUAGUGUAACGUCAGGGGACAUGCUUCGAGAUCCUGCUCUUAUUCAGGCCGUUGUUGCUCAGUACCAAGCAAAUCAGGAAGGACCCCUGAGCCAGAGCAUUAUCAGUUCUGCCUAUGUUCCAAUGGCUGACUCCUCUGGAGUCCUAAGCACUGAUGCUCGCCGACAGCUGUUGGACAGACACCUCGGAGCCGCUACAAAGUGUUCAGAAGCAGAGCGAGGUGUGAUCCGGGCAAUUCUAGAAACUGACAAUGAGGCAGCCUAUCAGUGUCUGCUAUUUCCAAUGCAGAGCAAUAUCAUGGACAAUCCGACACACGUGGGCGAAUAUCUGGUGCCGGUCCUUCCUGAGAACUACCUCACCAUAAUGACAAUUCUCAACUACCCCUUCUCGCGCGGCUCAUGCCACAUUGUCUCCCCGCACGUGGAAGACAAGCCAGUGUGGGACCCUCGAUAUAACGACGAGGACAUCGAUAUGGAGCUCCUCGUGAGGGGCGUCCAAUUUGUCAGCAAGCUCGUGGCGACGCAGCCGCUGAGGAAGAUCAUCAAGGAGGGCGGCAAACGCUCGUCCGAGGGGGAGAGCCUCGAUGCGGCCAAGGACGUCGUUCGGAAGCGCCAAGUCUCGGUCUUCCAUUCUACAGUGUAUGCUGUAGCUGAGAGGGCAGCUGACAUUAUAAAGAAGGACAGAGAAAACGCUGAAUAG